AAUAAACAGUAACUGCCUAUUAGUAUAAUUUCUCUGCUGCAGAUGUAGAAAAAUAUGACAGAGGAGGUAGUUUGUUAAGCUUUUUUCUAAUAUGUUUAUCUACUGAUCAGUACCUGCUCAUUAUAUAUAUUUUUAUUAUUUUUAAGAAAAACACAUAACAUGUCUCACAGUCUAUUCGAUUGAGAGAAAAUUUAUACCAGUGAGCGAUAAUACGAUACUUUAAUACGUUUUAGGAAUCUGAAGUCUUCGAAAUAAGUGACUUUACAACAUCGUCAGAAUGGGAAAGGUUUACGUCAGUGUUAGAAGAUGUGUUAAGAGAGUGGAACUCAUCGAAAAAUAUCGAGAAAAAUAUUCAUCAGCUAAAUUUUGCAGAUUUCAAGAUGGUUCUGUCUUAUUAUCAUUUUCCAAAAGAGAACCCUGAAUUACGCAAUGAAAAAGUAAAGGAAAGAUAUAAAGAGGAAGAAUUAUGCGAACUAUGGGAAGAUUUAUUAGACGAUUCGUUAGAUUUUCCUAGUAGAGAACAUUUCAUAUCAAAAUGGUUUGGAUUAAGAAAAUUCGUCAUAUUAUCGCCUCAGACACACGCUUGCGCAAUUGAUACAGAAGGCCGAGCCAAAAUUCUUCUUUCCUCAAUUAGUUUCGCACUAAGUCAAUUAAAUUGUCCACUUCCAGUCCUUGUUCAAUUAGAUAAAGCCCGAAGACGACUGUUUAGUGGUGUAGCAUAUCCCCUAUCUGCUGUUAAAACUGAAUUUGAAACUGUUCAUUUACGAAGGAUCCCUGUGAGAUAUCAGUGCGCUGAAGGGGUAAUUGACCUACUUAAGGAAGGUUUAGCUUCUAAAUGUGAAUGUUACCUUUCCGUUCGUUUUACAUAUUCUUUUUCUGACUGGCCCCAAAUAAUGUGUGAUCCUCUGCCUGAGGAAGAUGAAUCCGACGAUGGUGAUGACGAUGAUGAACUUUCCUGGAGAACCAUACCUUGGGGGGCUUGUGAAGAAGUUAUCAGUGAAUUGCAUUUAGCUGUACAAUGGCCAUCUCUUUCGCAAGAUCUCUUCGUUGAUACGCCAUCCUAUUCAGAUUUAGACCCGUUCAAUGCCCCUUCGUGGACUGCUCGCCUUAGAUACGAAGACGAUCCGCAAUGUCUACUUGCAACACAUCUUAGCCAAUUCCAGAAAUUGCUCUCAGAUUCAGUUAGAUCUAUUCUAUCGGCGACGGAAAACUCUCCUGAUUCGAAUGUUACAUCUGUUUUAGACAAAUUAACGGAACAUUCCGUUCCUUCUAUUGGAACUGUUGUGACCAAAGCAGCCACCAGACUUCAAGUUCACGCUGUUAAUUCUCCUUUAACCGAGCGCAUGCUUAAAAAAUUACUUGCUUAUAUAUUUCCCGAUGUAGCGAAUAGUUCAGAAGACACCUCUGAGUUUCAAGAGGAGAAUGACUUCGAGAGGAGAUUAAAAUCUGCCCCACCAGGAGGCCUACUUUGGAGAUUAGCCAUAGCUUUAUUAAAUGUUAAUAACUCUUACGGAGGUAGUAUGGCUGUAAACCAUUUAUGGCAUGAGAUUGUUUUGGAGCUACGUUAUAGAUGGGAUGAAGGAAAGGUACUACCCGUGGAGAAAGAAAAAGAGCCAGAUUCGGCUACUUGUCUAUUACAGCAAAAACUACAAAUGUUAAACUGCUGUAUAGAGCAUCGAUUACGACGACAACAUGUCGUGGAAGAAUAUAAUUCUCCAGGAGAAGAGGAAGAUGAUGAUGAAUUCUUCGAAUGCGCUGAAGAAAGUAAUGAUCAGCAAAGGGAAGCGAACAUGAUAAAGGCUGAAGGAAGGCUGAGAAAACUGGCGUAUCAAUUACAUAAAGUCCCUGGCGAGUACCUAUACGUUCCAAUCACUCAGGAACCAGCUCCCUUGACGGACGAUGCUCUCGAAGAGCAAGCCAGAGUUUUGGCUUCCCUUGGAACUGACCAGACAUCUCUUCGUGCCAGAAUGCAAAGUGCUUGCCUUCUCUCUGAUAUGCAAGCUUUUAAAGCUGCUAAUCCUGGGUGCGUUUUGGAGGACUUUGUCAGAUGGUACUCACCUAGGGAUCUAACAGAAAGUGGAUGUUUAAGCACUAGAAUGCAGGUAGAGGGCAAUUUAUGGCAAGAAACAUGGAACGAAGCCAAGCCUUUGCCAGUAAGAAGACAGAAGCGGCUUUUUGACGAUACAAAAGAAGCUGAAAAAGUUUUACAUUGGGCAGCAUCUUUAAAUCCCUCAUCUCUAGCCAGAGAAAUAGCUGCAGUUCUAUUAAAUAUUUGUCUUGUCACAGCUUGCACAAAUCUGUCAAAAAAUUCAUUGAUUGACAAACUAACAACGAAAAUUGCCAAUUUGAGCCGUAAUACAGAUUGGCAGAUAACUCAGUUCGAAGAAAUUUGCCGUCUCUUUUUAUCUGCUGAAAUUUACUCAGCCCGGAAGAAAAGUAUAAGGACAAAAUUGAAGCAUGUGCAAAAGGAUGUUUCUGAUGAUGACAUCGAAAAAUUCGCUAAUGAUCUAUUGGACAAUCAGGAGGUUAAAAUCAAUGGUGCUGCAAAGUCUCAUUUGGGUGAAUUAAUCGUAAGAAUUUUCUCGGCCGGUUCAGAUGACGAAGAGAGGGAUGAUAAAGUUACGACAAAACUUCCUCCACCAAUCGCUAAAGAGUAUGUGGCCAGGUGUGAGGCUUCUAAGCCAUCACCGAAUUCGAAAGUUGUACCACAUAGAAUUUAUGCUCUAAUAACGGGUGAAGAAUGCAGAAUUGCGUCUGUUUGCAGUCAGGACACGGCUUUUUUUUAA